AUGGCCGAGCACGUUGAUUUAAAAACAAUAAAGAGUUUGCGAGAGGAGGUCAAUUGGGAGGUCGAGACGGAGCGACAAAUCAAUCGUCUCAUAUCGGAUUCCGCAAAAGGCCUUCUCUUCUACGAGGGCGACGGUCACGUCAAGGAAUAUCAACGAUUCAUCGUGUUCGUGUUCCGAAUCUACUACAGAUCUGGCGAUCCCGAACUCGACAGACUGCUGCUACGUGUAGUAAGCAAAAUUAACUUUUAUCGUGACCUCACGAUACCUCGAGUUCGUCGACUAAUUUUCAAAACAUACGCGAAAUUCGAUGCGAAUUACUUCGACGAGGAGACCCGUCCGGAGCAUUUCCACUUGGCCUGCAAAUUCGCCUGUCACGACCUGGUGGAGAAAUUCCUCGAGCUCGGCCAGGAUCCCAAUCACCCGCAGAGAGAAACGGGCAACUCGCCGCUACUCUCGGCUUCGUGGAUCUACGUCAACGGUGCACGAACGAUCGAGCUGCUGCUGAGAAACGGCGCCAAUCCGAAUGCAGUCAAUCGAUAUGGAUCGACGCCUCUUCACAGGUUGUGCGAAUCCCGUAGCCCCAAUCAUAUCAAGCUGAUCGAGAGGUUCUUGGUAGUCUGCGAUGAAGUCCGGCAGCGGCUGCACAUCAACGCCUGGGACAAGCGGGGUCGGGCGCCGUUGCACUUGGCUCUGGAGCACGGUCGACAGAAGGUGGUCGAAUUGCUGCUGAGACGUGGCGCCAGUCCGAAUCUAACCGACAGUGACGGAAGUACACCUCUUCACUUUAUCUGCUACCGAUAUGACGACGAUGAAUUCGCCCGGAUCUUGUUUGAGAUCUGUGAUGAAAUGCAGCUGACGGUCCAGAUCAAUGCCCGAGACAAGUGGGGUAAGACACCGUUGCAGUUGGCCGUGGCGAAUCUAUUGCCAAACACCGUCGAUGUGCUCUUGAAUCGUGGCGCAGAUAUAACCAACUGCAUUUUCUCAACUUCAAUUAAUACGGAACUGCAAAUUGGUUCAUCGUUGUUUUGGAAAAUGAGAGUAGCGUCCGGUGCUUUGGCCGUCGCCGAACAUCUCGAGGCAAGAGGAUAUCGCUUCAGCCGAAGCGACGCCCUGACGAUCAUGAAAUUCUUUGCUAAACACGAUUUGUUCGACGAGUCAUCGGAUCUUGAAAAAUCUCUGCGCCAUGAUCAGGAGUUCACAAACAACGCCAAAGAGAUGAUGAUCGUUCCGAGUCUGUCGCUCUACGAUCUGAUUCACUUGAAAUCCGAAGAGGAGGAAAAGCUACUCACGUAUACGGAUUACUUCGUGUUCGCGGGUCAAUUAUCAUCGGGAUUUUUUCGACGCUGGACCCUGGAUCCGUUUCACGAGUUGAUUCACAAACGUCUGCCUAUCGAGUGCUGCGAGAUGGUCCUGGAGAAGCUGAACAACCAAGAUUUGUGCAAUAUCUGCUUGGCGGUUGCAAGCCAAACCUCGUCAUAA